AUGGCGAAAAUAAUACUACUAGCCAUGUUCCAGUUUGUGAUGAUUUCAUUUAUGUGUGCAUCAGCCUCUGCCUCUGCGGCCAUCUCAUGGUGCAGCCAAACCCCAAACCCUGAACCGUGUGAGUAUUUCCUCACUCAAAACCCUAAAUACGACAUCUCCUCCAUACAUGAAAAGCCCGACUUCCUGAAGAUGUCGUUGCAGAUAGCCCUUGACCGCAGCAUACACGUGCUGAGUGGGCUCCAGCAACUUGGCCCCAAGUGUUGCUCUGCUCGGGAAAGGGCAGCAUGGGCCGACUGCGUCAAAUUCUAUGAGAAAACUAGCCACGAGCUCAACAAGACCGUUGACACCACGGCCGACAUGCAGAGGAGGCUGACCGUGGCGCUCACCAAUUUGGAGACGUGCAAAGACGGCUUCGCUGACUUCGGCAUACAAGAUUAUUUCACUGUGUUUCCCAUAUUGUCUAACAAUGUGAGUUUGCUGUUGAGCAAUACCCUAGCUUUGAGUUCUACAUCUGAUGAUAGUAUGUCUAUUUCGCCGGUGAGUGAUGGAGAAGGGUUUCCAGAGUGGGUUCCUUCCGCUGAUCUGGAGCUGCUGCAGUCAUCCACCCCUGGGGCGGAUGUGGUUGUGGCGCAGGACGGGUCUGGAGAUUUUACGACGGUGGGGGAAGCGGUGGCAGCCGCAGCGAAUCGGUCGGGAAGCGGGAGGUAUGUGAUGUAUGUGAAGGCGGGAACGUACAAAGAGAAUGUUGAAAUUGGGGAGAAAUUGGUGAAUGUUAUGUUGUUGGGUGACGGAAUUGGGAGGACUAUUAUCACCGGAAGCAGAAGCAACUCCACCGGCUACACCACCUUCAAUUCGCCCACUGUUGCUGUUGAGGGAGCCGGGUUCAUCGGCCGUGGCAUCACAUUCCAGAACACGGCGGGGCCGGAGAACGGGCAGGCCGUGGCUCUGCGUUCGGAUUCCGAGCAUUCCGUGUUCUAUCAGUGCAGCUUUGAAGGGUACCAAGACACCCUCUACGUCCACGCCCGAAAUCAGUUCUACCGCAACUGCGAUAUCUACGGCACAGUCGACUUCAUCUUCGGCAACGCCGCUGUCGUCUUGCAAAACUGCAACAUCUACCUGCAUUACCACAAGAGCAACACCAUCACCGCGCAGAGCCGGACCGAGGCGACCCAAAAAACAGGCAUCAUCAUCCACAACUCCCGGGUCACCGCUGCCCCGGACCUCCAGCCCGUUCAGGGAUCCGUCAAGUCCUAUCUGGGCCGCCCGUGGAAGAAGUACUCGCGGACGGUGUUCAUGAAGACCGAGCUCGAUAGCUUGAUCGACCCAGCUGGUUGGCUUCCGUGGGACGGGACCGUCGGUUUGGAUACCUUGUAUUACGCCGAGUAUGCCAAUACGGGUCCCGGCUCCUCCACCGCCAAUCGGGUCAAUUGGACCAAUUAUCACGUCAUCACCAGCCCAUCCGUCGCCGCACAGUUCACGCCGGGGAAUUUCAUUGACGCCAAUUCGUGGCUGCCCGCCACGAAUGUGCCAUUUACCCCUGGCCUUUAA